AUGCCUCAGUCACAGCUUCCUAUGGUCGACCAAGAGAUCAAACAGGCGGAGAAGAGAGAGAAGGGCAAAAGCAAGCCCAAGCCCAAAACCUUGAAGAAGGUGUUACCUUCCGGCCCAGGCUUCCAAAUGUACCAGAACGCUACCGGUGAGGAGCUCAAGAUCUUCGAGGAUGCGAACGAAGGCAUGGCCUUCAAGAAUGCUCUUCGCGCCGUUUCUUCCAAACUGGAGAAGGAGGCCAUCGACAAAGUCAUCGCCCAGGUCUUCAUGAACGCCGACAGACUUUCCUGUCACGAAGCCCACAUUACCAAGAGCAUCCCGGGUCACCGUCUCCUUGCCGCCAAGGAAGCUGAUUGGAUCAUUGCCGCCAAGAAAGAGAUGAAGCCCACCGUCGCGGCCAAGGUCAUGAUGUGCCUCUACGAAGGUCGAAGAAUUGCCGUCAAGUUCUCCCGCUACCGACAGCACCCUAUCGAGGAUUGCGCAAAAGAUACGGCCACCGCCCUCGCUAUCGAAAAGUUCCGCAACGAGAAGCCCUUAGAUGAGCCCGAGGAGAUCUUUGCCGACUUCACGGAUGAGCAGCGCAAGAAGAUGAUGGGCAAAAUCAUCCGACGUGAGAAGGCCGACUGGGAUGGAGAGCACGUGGACGAGGACAGUGAUACCGAGAUGAGUGUGGACGACGCCAUGGGGUUUGCCGAGGCGCAGAAGGCGGCCAAGGCGGAGCUUCAGGAGGGCCUCGAGCAGAAGAUGAAGGAGCUCGGGAUCGCGGGCAACGCUGGCUUCAUGUCUUAG